UUGCAAUACAAUACGCCAUUUGGUCGACCGAUUGAAUUCGUUGCUCCUUCUUAACCAGCAAUCAUCUGAAACCGCAUGUCAUUUGUUGUAACGUCUGUAGAAGACUUAUAGACAAUAGUAGGUAUUACUAGCGCCAACUUAGUUGAGCUUUUGAUGCGGAACGGGAGAGUCUGAAUAUGGCUGUGAAUUUGUUUUUUAUUUUUGUUUUUCUGUGUAUACUUGGAGAUGUUUCAUGUAAGAUCACGCCAAAAUCUAACACCAAAGCGAGGAAUCAUGCCAAAUUCUUUCGGUACACAGAGCCUCAGCGAGAUAUAUCAAUACCUAUAAUGUUACACAUGGACACAGCGACGACACAUCAAAUGGCCAAACUAAAAGGAUACCAGAAAACAAAAGAAGGACGAAGAAGAUUGAAUUUUGCACCCAAACUUAUUUUGCGGGAAGUUGAAAAAGUAUUAAAAAGUUUAGAUCAAAGAGUGCAUUUAAAAUUAGUGAAUUUUAAAAUAGUAACCAAUCAGACUUUGGAUGUGGAUGAAAAUGUUAGUGAUUAUUUGAGAAAUUAUUGUGCAUGGCAGAAAAAUAUGAAAGUCAAGAGAGGUGAAACGUACUUUUCUGUUUUGCUCACUGGUCUGGAUGUGUACUAUAUUGGGAAGAAUGGAAAAAAAGUCAGAGAAAGCACAGGUCGUGGCUACAUGGGCAGGAUGUGCAGCAUGCACCGGAGCUGCGCUGUGGUGAAAUGGCAUGAGAAAGAUUUGGUGUAUCUGCUGGCACAUGAAAUAGCUCACAGUUUGGGCGUGUACCACGACGGCACGAAAAACAGCUGCCGCGCUGGCUUCAUCAUGGCUACCCAGUACAGCAGAGAAAAUGUACCACAGCAUUGGUCUACUUGCAGCAAAACUCAUCUUGAAGAAUUCUUAAGGAAUAAGGAGAAAUCAUGGUGUGUAAAUAAGAAAUUUAAAAAGGUUGCCAGAAGGAGGAGGAACUAAGGUCCAAUGGAUGCUAAAAAAAGAACUAAUGUGAUGAUAAAAAAAUGUUAAACUGAAACUUAUAUUUUUUAUUAGGCUGAUCGAAUCAAAGAGCGCUGGUGGCCUAGCGGUAAGAGCGUGCGACUUGCAAUCCGGAGGUCGCGGGUUCAAACCCCGGUUCGUCCCAAUGCGUUUUUCGGAACUUAUGUACGAAAUAUCAUUUGACAUUUUACCAGUCGCUUUUCGGUGAAGGAAAACAUCGUGAGGAAACAGGACUAAUCCCAACAAGGCCUAGUUUACCCUCUGGGUUGGAAGGUCAGAUGGCAGUCUCUUUCGUAAAAACAAGUGCCUACGCCAAAUCUUGGGAUUAGUUGUCAAGCGGACCCCAGGCUCCCAUGAGCCGCGGCAAAAUGCCGGGACAACGCGAGGAAGAA